AUGGGGCCCGCCGACGCGCCGAUCCUGCCGUCGAAGGAUGCGGCGGAGCCGAAGCGCGGCCGCGCGUUCAGCGUCUUCGCGCUGAUGCUCGGCGCCACGGCCGUCGCCGCCGUCGUCCGGUCGACGACGGUGCUGAGCGCCGUGUCCACGGGCGCGGAGCUCGCCGUGAACGGGCGGGGGCUGUACCACUGCAAGAACGGCUACCCCGACGUGCCCAAGGCCUACGACCGCGACUGGGGCGACCUGACGGGCGACUGGUACGUGGUCAUGCAGAACCCCGCGGACCAGGCGCGCGAGUUCGAGUGCGACCGCAUGGUCUUCGACAUGCGCAAGGACGACGCGCGGCUCCGCCAGUCCAUGCUCUACGAGCGCGAGGGCACGGAUUACUACUGGAACGUCACGCAGGCGGAGUACAAGGACCGCACGGGCGUGUGGAAGGACACGGAGAACCAGUUCUGGAGCUCCGUCUACGCCGUGGGCACGGAGGACGACGGCUCGCGCUGGGUCGGCUGGUACUUCUGCGGGCCGGCGGUCGCGGCGACGAAGAAGGGCAUCUCCUAUAUCCUCAAGGACUCGACGGACGGCCUCACGAAGAGCUUCUACAAGAAGGCGCGCAAGGCCGCGAACGCCGCGGGCGUCAACGACUACGGCAAGAUGGUCGAGGUCGACAUCGAGGACUCCUGCGACUACACGUUCCCGACGGCGGGCACCAUCGAGAUCCCGUCGAUCCGCCUGGACCGCGAGGCCUUCGAGCGCAUCCGCGAGGCCCUCAUGGUCGUGCUGUCGCUGCUCAGCUUCUGGGUCAUGGCGGCGGCGGAGACGAGCCACCACUACCAGUACCACUACAAAUUCUACCCGUCGCUGACCUUCUUCGUCUGGGUCGGCGUGCUCUCCUUCGUCUACACGCUCGGCAUGGCCGUGGGCACGCGCACGGGCGCGCUGGGCGUCGAGCUCCGGCGGCAGCUCGAGACCGCGGGGCCGCCGGUCCUGGCCUGGCUCACGUACACGGCGGCCAUCGCGGCGUCGGCGACGUCGACGGACCUCCACGCGACCUUCGACGAGAGCGACGGGCCCGCGCGUCAGUCGCACGCGCGCGCGGUCGCGGGCGCGUUCUUCUGCGGCCACGUCGUCACGGCGACGGUCUUCAUGUACGGCCUCUGCGCGGCCUACGUCGGCGUCGUCGUCUCGUCCGUCUACGGCGGCGGCGGCUUCGCGAGCGACGUCGAGGCGCCCCGCGUCGGCUUCGCGGGCACGACGGGCUACAACGAGAUCGACGCGUCGGACCUGCCGCCCGCGCCGCCGAGCCACCAGAACAUGGCGCUGUAA